AUGUUUCAUUUUUUACCGUUAUAUGAGGCUGGGUUGAUGGAAUUAAAGUAUGGUAACGUAACUUGUAGAACUCUCAGAACUGAAAUGACCCAAUGUUUAUCUGAUACCGAAUAUCUAGCUAAAGUACAUUGUAUACGUUUAGCUUCUGAUGAAUUAUUUAAAGACAUCAAUAAAAGAGAAUGGUUUAUUAAAACUGGUAGAAGAAUUAUUGGUAAUUUAUUAAUACAAUGUGAUAAGGAUCCUGAAGAUUUCUAUACAAGUUAUGAUAAAACUAUAGAAUUUAUUAAAGAUGAGAGUAAUUGGUGGAAAAUAGAAGAAGAAUUAAAAGGCAGAGGUGUUAAGAUAUUAACGUUCUAUGAUAUCGUGUUAGAUUUUAUUAUGAUGGAUGCCUUUGAUGAUCUAGAGGGUCCACCAUCUACAGUGACAGCUGUAGCUCAAAAUAGAUGGUUAUCAAAUGGCUUUAAAGAAACAGCUUUAUCAACAGCUAUAUGGUCUGUAUUAAAAGCCAAGAGAAGACUUUUAAAGAUUUCGGAUGGUUUUAUGGCCCAUAUGUAUAGUAUAUCAGAACAUGUUAGUCCUCUACUAGCCUGGGGUUUUCUAGGACCAGAAUCAGAGUUAAAAACUCUUUGUUUAGAAUUCAAGGAUUUGGUAUUAGGGUAUAUUCAAGAUAUUUUUAGUUUCGACAAGGCAAGAUACACAACAGUGGAGGAACUUGCUUCAGACAUUUUUUUAAUAGCACAAAGAACCAGUGACCUUGCCAACAAAAAGUUAUCUUCUUGA